UAAUGUACAGAACAGUUUAUCUAGAAUGGCGAAGCUCUGUCGGUAUCCCCUGUUUGUGCUCCUACUAACAAGUUUUCUUCAAUUGAUCCUGGCCAACUUAGCCACGACGGUAGUUUCAACAGUUUUACGACGGACAAAACCGCUCAAUUUUGUUAUGUCGCCUCAAUUGCUGAUCGAAAGUAUUUAUCCAAUGUAUUUGGGAGCUAGUGGCGAGACACUACGUGAAAUCACGCAAUUUCUACAACUUCGUGGCAAAACCAAGGUACAAGCAGUAUCGGAUUUUGAAAGAUAUAGAAUUACUAUCGCUCGAUAUAUGAAUAUAGCCAUGGGUCUAUUUACCUCUGAUAAGGUUCCAUUAUAUGAUGAGUAUAAAAAUAUGUUAAAUCAUCUACUUAAAACAGAUUAUCAAACCGUCGAUUUUACGAAACCUACUCUUGCGGCUAAGGCUAUCAAUGAGUGGGUGGCAAACAAUACCAAAAACCACAUAACCGAAUUGAUUACUAGAAUUCCCCCAAGCGCACAGCUCAUGAUCUUCGGUGCCUUGUACUUUAGUGGAACUCUAUGGUUGCCAUAUUUGAGAGACAUAAAUUACACAUUUUUUUCAAAUUUAUUCGAUGGAGAUGAGUACAAAUAUACGGUAAAUGCGACGAUCUCUAGAGCUUACUUACCAUACUAUUACAUAAGAGCAAUUAAUUCAAAUAUCAUAGCCAUACCUUAUACCAAAGGCAACCUGCACCUCUUGAUCCUGAUGCCACUAGUUCCGAAUGAUCUUCAAUCAAUUGAAGAAAACCUGCAUAAAGUCAAGAUGGCGGAUCUGAAACCACCAAGGGGAUCUACCGUACUAUUAGAAUUAAUAUUGCCACACUUCUCCAUUAAAACUACUCAGAGAUACAGAAAUAUUUUUAGAUAUUUUAAUAUCAGUGGAAUGCUUGAAUCUUCUGCUAGUCUCAAACCAAUGGCAGGACAUAAAAAAGGCGUAUAUCUGGAAGAUGUCACACAGAAAACUGAAUUUACUAACAAAGCAGCGCAUUCUGAAGCCGCAUCUGGCAGAAUUGGCUGGACAGGAAAUAGAAACAUGCCAUGCGUUUAUGUAAGACAUCCAUUUAUAUUUUUAGUCAAAGAUGAUUACAAUAUUUAUUUGGCUGGACGCGUUGGAUAUUUAUAAAAAUAAAUUAAUUAAUAAAUGAUUAUAGUCUUAUAUUUGUCAA